CGGUCGUCCCCUCGACAGUGAUGCAGUGAUCGCGGUAUCCGUGGUGGUGGAGUAGUGAAGUAGGACGGGAGGUACGAUGCAUCACUCCGGCGGAACCGGUUACGGGACCGGUCCCCAGGAGAGGGUGCACCAGGCGCCUCGAGCCGCCGGCCAACCUGACAAGUGCCCGUACGAGACCUACCAGGCGCAGAUACCCGACUGCUGCGCGGCCGCAGCCGCGGUCCAGGACCCGUACCCACGCCCGCCCAGCGGAUACGAUGGCAGGUGCUACGACGAGUGUCAUCGCAGGACCCCCUACCAGGAGGACGCCUAUCCCCAGACGACGUGCCUAACAGAACUGCCAGACGUGGCGCCGUGCAACGGCACAGUGCGACUGCCACCACCGUGCGAGGAUUCGCCAAGCAGCGGUAGCAGCAAAGAUCGGAGGGAGGAGAGUCCUCGCAGGAGGUGCCGAGUAUUGGCGCCCAUCUUGCUCCUAGUCGCGGCUCUCCUCCUCGGUGGGCUUUGUCUACCAUUGCUUCUACAAUCCGCGCCUGUCACGCAUCAGCAGAGGCUGGACGUGAUCAGGAGGAUCCUCACUGAAGUGCCUCUGAUCGACGGGCACAACGAUUUGCCCUGGAACGUCAGAAAGUUCGUACACAAUCAACUCGGCGAGGUGAAUCUGAGCAGCGAUCUCGGAAGGGUUGAUCCUUGGGCCAGAUCAGACUGGAGCCACACGGACAUUCCUAGAUUACGGGCCGGUCUGGUCGGUGCACAGUUUUGGUCCGCCUACGUUCCAUGCGGCGCGGCACAGUUGAACGCGGUUCAACUUUCCUUGGAACAGAUCGACGUGAUCCGCCGCCUCGCCGAGAUGAAUGCUCAACAUUUAACUUUGGUUACCUCCGUAAAAGGUCUCAUCGAGGCUCAUCGAGAAGGCAAAAUCGCAAGUCUUAUAGGGGUGGAAGGUGGUCACUCCCUUGGAAAUUCCUUGGGUGUUCUCAGGACAUUUUACGGCCUGGGCGCGAGAUACCUUACCCUGACGCAUGCUUGCGACACUUCCUGGGCAGUCUGUUCAGUUGGCGAGACGAACAGUACCCAGGAUACGACGCCGGGCCUCAGUGAGUUUGGAAAGGCAGUUGUCAGGGAGCUAAACAGACUGGGAAUGCUAGUGGAUCUCUCUCAUGUCUCGACAAGGACUAUGAGGGCGGCCCUGCAAACGACGAGGGCGCCGGUGAUUUUCUCUCACAGUGCUGCCAGGGCACUCUGCAAUUCCACCAGAAACGUGCCAGACGACGUGCUUAGAAAUCUGGCUAAAAAUGGCGGUGUGGCAAUGGUUCCGUUUUAUACAUACUUCAUAACGUGCAACAGUACAGCCACUAUAAAGGACGUUAUUGCGCACAUCAAUCACAUUCGAAAGGUGGCGGGGAUCGAUCACGUUGGGAUAGGAGCUGGCUUCGACGGGAUAAAUUUCACUCCUACCGGGUUGGAGGACGUUUCGAGGUAUCCUCAGUUGUUGGCAACACUGCUCGAGGACCCGACGUGGACCGAGGACGAUAUCAAGAAGUUGGCUGGCCUCAAUUUGCUGAGGGUGUUCGCCAAGGUCGAGCAGGUACGAGACGAGUGGCACAGAGCGGCAGUGUUGCCAGAGGAGAAGAUCAGCCCGCCGGACAACUCUGCCUGCGUCUACGGGGCGUCUUGAUCUUCUUCGAGGACGCUCACGUCGGGAUUCCUCGAUUUUGUACGAUCGCCGAAGAUUCGACACGUCUCGUGGAACUAUAGGAGCCUGUAAACUGUGCGGGAACUGGAUCAGAGAUCGCCUCACCCCCUGAUAACAUCUUUUCGAGUUUUCCUGGGGAUCUCGAUCGCGCCUUAUGAAGGAUGAAAAAUUGUGCAAGAGCGUACACGAUCCAUCUGUGAAAACUGAUAAGAUCGAGGGCAUGUGCCGAAUGAACGAUCAUCCUCGGAACAAGUUCAAUUUUCUCAUCGACAUUCCUCUCCCAUUCCGUUCAUAAAUUAUGCGAUUGCAUUUUUCUCAUCAUUUUUCAACAGCUGUAGAACUUUGCUUGUUGCCAAUUUACCUCUGUGAACGUAUAUAACAACAAUAUAUAACGAUUUAUUUGCUGCUAUUUCAAUAGCUGGAUAUGUCCGUCCAUGUUCUCACAGGAUUAUCAAGAAUUUUUUUCAUUAUUAAUCGCAUUCGUAGAAAAAUCAGCCUUAUUUUCUUGUUGAAAUUUCUUCUUGAUCGAGUUCUGAAUUUAUCUGAAUUAUAUUAUACGAGAAAUAUUUUGCCGUUAGUUUGUGGGAACAUAAGCGAUGAUCGAAGCAGAGAUUUUAUUAAUUAAGCAUGUAUUCGUCUGUAUGGAAAAUGUGAACUUGUUCCGAAGAAAUGCAUAGAACGAAUUCUACUCGUAAGAAGAAGAAGAAGAAGAAAAAAAAAAAAAGCGUUCCUGAAUGAAUAACUUAUAAUGAUGCGGACAAUCGAGGCGGCCAAGAAUGCUUGCUGGAAAAAGCAUUUAUUUCGAGAAUAUUCGUUUAAAGGAAAAGGAAGGAAUAUUCUCGUGACAGAAUUUCAAUAAAUGUUUUUCGAUACUUCUACCUUGGAAUAAUUAUAUAAGAUCUGAAGCGAUGGAUACUAUAUUAAGCGGUAUGCAUUCAAAUGACGGUGGGGAAAAGAUCUAUCGAUUGACUAAUUUAACGAUCAAAUGAUACAUCGAUAAAUUUUACGUUAUAUUGUUUAUCGUGUGGUGAAUUUUAACUUUCUAACUUAAUGAAUUAUUAAAUUUCUUAAUGAGAGGAAUAAUUAAAAUAUAUCGAAAAAUUGUUUCUUUCAAUAACUCGAAUUUAAAAAUUUGUAUCACAGUUCGUCUUGUAGAAGAAAAUUUUAAGAUUAAUGAAAUUAGCGAAGAGACAAUUAUAUCUAUAGAAUACGAUCUUACAAGAAUAUAAACGAUCAUUUGAAUGCUUGCUUCUAAAAUAAUAUCAAUUUAACAAGUGCGCUUAAGACCAAGGAAUUAAUAAACGGAUGGAAAAUAAGAAGAAGAAAAAA